AUGCUACUCUUUUGUUAAAAUAAAUUAUAAAAACUAAAGAUGAAGCUACUGGGUAAAUCGUAGCUCAUACAACAUUAAGAACAGUUAAAACAGAGCCAUGCAGGAUAGAUCAUUUCAAUAUUCCUGAAGUUAAUAACUAUUUUAUUUCACUAAGCUACAAAAAUAUGUAUUGUAUUAGUAAAGAAGAAACGGAUUUGUAUCUUUAAGGAUAAUUCGAUGCUCAGCACUAUUCAACUUUAGAGCUUUAGGUUGGCUAUCUACUACGUAGAUUAUUCUGUUAUUACUUCAGAUAAAGCAAAACCUUUCUAACCACUUGGAAGAAUAUCGUUUUGGAUCUCUGGACCAGAGUUUACAAAAUAAACAAAUAUUAAUUUUAGGAACACUUACUUGAAUUCUGAUUAUGGUUUAAUGGGAACUGAUAUAUAGACAACGAACGCGUUGACACUAAGCGGUGAUAGAGAAUAGGUUUCGCCUAAAUCAGGAAAUCUCCUCUUUGAUUGUUUUAUUUCAUUUGAAAAAAAUGUAGAUAAUGUAUACAACAGAUCUUAUCAAAAGCUUGAUAGAUCACUAUCUUAGCUUGGUGGUAUAUUUAAUAUAAUUUUUACUGUGGGAGCUAUAAUUUGCAGGCCUUUAUCUCAAAUAGAAUUAGAUUUAAAGCUAAUAAAUAGAUUAUUUAAUUUUCAAGACCCAAAUGAUUAAUCAGAUAAGAAAAAAUAGGAUAAAAAAAGAAAUUCAAAAGACAGUGAAAAAAAAGAAGAAAUUUAUACCCAAGCAGCUGAUUAAAUUUUGAUUACAAAAGAAGACCAAUAAAAAACGCUAUUCAAAUAUGAAUUACAGAAAUCAUUAAAUUAAAAGUCCUAAGUUUCUUCUGUGUAAAAAAGUGAAGGUGAUGAAUUAAAUAUUUUUUAAAGUAAACAUUUAUAUAAAUUUGAAAGACCAAAUUCAACAACUAUCAGAGAAACUUACAAAGAGAAAUUAAAAGCUUUAAAAAAAGGAGAAAAUAAAGAUAGUAACAAAAAGAGUAAGUAAGAUAUAUAAAAGGAGGCGAAAGAGCUUAAUAGCUUUUUUAGUUUUUCUUUAAAUAAAAUUUCAUUUUAGGGUUGGGAAUAUUAUGCGAAUUUCUUUAAAUUUUCAAAACUAUGUAAACGGAAAAGGUAUGAACUCCUUUAAAAAGGUGUAGAUAAAUUAUAUAAUUAAAUUGAUAUUUUUUACCUUGUUUAAAAGCUUCUAGAGGUUGAAAAAUUGAAGCGACUUUUACUUAACGAAAAUUAAAUUAAGUUAUUUGAAUUUAUCCCAAAACCACUUUUAACUCUUGAUGAAUAAAAAUCAAAUAACUUAUCAGAUAAAAUUGGGUUACUUUAUGAAGAUGAAAAAGAUAUAAUGCAGAAAACAAGCGAAGUAUAAGAGGCUUUCUAGCAAAUAAUAAACUCAAAAGCAAAACCUUCUAAAAUAGACAUAAGGAUUUUAGAGCUCUUAGAUCCUCAAUUCAAAUAAUUGCUUUCAGAUUUAGUCAAUAUUUAGGGUGAAUCAACUAAUUUAAGGUAAACUCCUAUAUUAGAGCUAUAAUAAAAGAGUAUCUUUGAAAAACAAGACUUCAUAUUAGAUGAUUUGUAAGUACCACUAGAGGAACAAAGUUAGGAAUAAAAAUCAUAAUAUUUUAAUUUUACUCCAAGCAAAACACUGGGUAGUAUAUAUUAAAGUUAAAAAAAAGAAGGCUUACCUAACAUGUACCCAAUUUGA